AUGGCGAUAGCAGCGGAUGGUGUGGUUGCAAAGAAGGUGAAUGGACAGGUUGACGGACAGCCGCUUCGAAAACGAGAACAGAAACGGCCAGCUGGCUUUGCACGGUGGUCACUAGGGGUUAUUGUACGGUUGCUGAUAUGGUACGCUUUACUUACACCGUUAUUCCACUGUCCGUCGACUCCACAGGAGUUGGAUAGCAAUUCCUCUUGGGUUUGCAAACCGUACUUGAUCGCACGGUCACACAUCGAGCCUCACAUAACACCAUAUUAUGAAUUUUAUGGAGCUCCAUAUGUUGAUACCGUGCGCCCCUAUGCUCGCACUUUCAACGAGAAAAUAUACAUCCCAGCCGUGCAUUUCGCAACUCGAACUUACCGCAUGUAUGGAGCUGCCCAUUUUGAGAAGGGUACUUCUUAUGUUCGACACCAGCUAGGGGCAUUAGUUACACCUCACCUCUAUUCGCUACAAAACUCCACAAUCCGCAUAUACGAAAAUUCGAUAGGGCCGUAUUACACGAGUGUCAGUACGGUAGUAACACCCUAUUAUCGGGCUUCAGUAACACAUUUUGAUAAAGCGUGGCGGUCAUAUGUUCAACCAUUCUACGCCCAAUCAAAGCCAGUUAUUGUUAAGGCCUGCUCUUCAACAUACAAUAUUGCAGUAAAUACAAUUUAUCCGUACGCCAAGAAGAUAUGGUCAUCGCUGUUGAUAUUUAUCAAUGAGACACUGCUGCCUGGGAUUGUUGGGCUUUACACUGAGAACGUCGAGCCUCAGUUAGUUAGGAUUGGUGAGAAACUUGCAGGCUAUCGAGAAGGCAGGAAGCUUGGGGCUGUUGUUGAAGAAACUGAAAGUUCGACUAAAAAAUUUACCUCUACCGUGUUUGCCUCAUUACCCACCACUACCGUGUCACCAAAAACAUCAGCUUACAGCACUACGACAUAUUCGUCAUCUGCACCACACCCCGAACAAUCAAUUGACAAAGUGAGUCUUGCACGCGAAACUAUAGCAACGGAUUUAAAAACAUGGCAAGAGAAGUUUGCAAUCGCUGCGGACAAAGGAGUUGAGGAUCUUGACGAGCGCGUCGCAAAACUUGUGGAAAGACGCAUACUUGACGCACGGAAGUUCGGGGAGGAACUGGUAUCCGAGUUGGAGAUGGUGGGGAAACAGGAGCUUAAAUCUUUAAAAGCUAAAAUUAACGAUAUCCUUCGUGGUCUUCCUAAUGAAUCCAGCGUCCAAGAUCGCGACGACGCGGAAAGUCAGUUGGUGGAGGCGGUUAGAACAGCUGGCUUUGCUAUUCGGGGAUCUGCGCAAAAGCUCCGGCAGUGGCUAAGGGAUUUCAACCGGGAGCUCUUUGCAGAGGUGGCUGCCGUUUCUGACGCCACAGUUGACGUACUAGAUCAGAUUCGCGAUCUCGGCCUGCAGAAUAUCGGCAUGAAAUGGGCGUGGAUGGAUGGUGUCACAUACAAGGAUUGGGCAAAAUAUAAUGCGCUGAAGAAGCAGUUUCAUAGUUGGCGGGAAGAGGUUAGAGUGGUUGGGAUGAAACAUAGCGCUUAUGAGGAUGCAAAGUCCCUUGCGAAUGAGAUCGUCGAAAGGGGGAUGGCGAUUGCUGAAACAACGGCGAAGGAACUUACGAGGCUAAAGGAGGUUGGGAAAUGGAAAAUUGAAGCUGAGGAUACGAGCCACGAUUUCGAGACGAGGACGGGCGAUGCUUCUGAAGUUCAUACCGCAGAAUAUCCGUCGUCGUCGGCUCCAGAAGCUGAAGCCAGCGAGACUAACCCUUCCGAUCAAGAUACACCGGAGCCCAGUCACGAAACAGACUCUACUGAACCUGGACCCGAGCCUGAGCCUGAGCCUGAGCCCUUUGUGGGUGAUGAUAAUGCUGGCACUGGGGAUAAUGUUUGGGGUGGAGCAGCUGCUGAACUCAUAGAACAUGAAGAAGUCUCCCGUAAUUCCCCUGAGCAGGCUAGCGAUGGCCCAUCGUCUCAGCAGCAGCCAUUGAUGACAACUUUAUCAUCGUCAUCAACAACAACAAACCUUACUUCUCCUGCGGAGCCACCCGGGCAAUCCACCAUCUCCACCAAAACCAGCUCCUCCUUCUCAGACUCAAUCUCCCAAGCCAAGAAACAAUAUGACAGGGCUCAUUCAGUUGCCGGCGCCCAUAACUCUGGAACACCAGAUGAACACGUCAUCGCGUCCAUCGAAUCCGCAUACCCAGGCUCCCUUCAACACGCAAGUGAAAACCUCGAACCCCAUCUCAAAGCCCCAUCAGAAUACGCAAGAAUUCCCAUCACCAACGCCAUCACCAUCCCCUCUCCCACUCCACCACAAGAUGAUGGCCUUCUCUCAAUCGCAUCCGCAAAACUCCAAUCCAGCCUGGAACUCGCCUCCGUCGCUCUAUCAAAAGCAAUCGCAAGCGCCACUGCAGCUGCCGCAGACACGGACACAGACACCGGUACCAAAGCCACCGUCCCAGGCCAACAAAUAAUCCUGGACGCGCGCCGGCGUUAUUACGAAGCCAUUGGCCUCGCCCAUGACCAAUAUUCCAUCUUUCUUAACUCUGCCUCCGACGCCACCUCCACCUCCAUCUCCACCUCUAUUUCCAGCUCCGUAAAGCCCUCAGAAACAAGUAUCCCAGCACUAACCAGUAAGCCAAUUCUCGAACAAGCCAGUUCGGAAUUCAGCAGCGUUUCCUCCUUGGCAUCUGCAAGCUUAGACGCAUUGUUAUACUCCAUCCGCUCUGUCUCGGCCAGCAUCGACCCUGUCUCGGCCAGCAGUAUUAUAGCGGAUGCCUCGUCAAGGUUCCAGGAUGCUCUCUCCGCUGCAAGCGCGUUGCUUGCGUCGGCAUCGUCGGCUACCAGUUGUACCCCGACGAGUGCGAUAAAGGAUGAGUUGUAG